ACAAACAACAACAAUACCGCCAAAAUGAAUAUCGGCAAAAGGUUCGACCGCAUGAAGCAAUGGACGGAUGAGAGAAUGGGCAAGGAGAUCAAGACUGCUGCGUCGGACGAGUUCAAGGCUCUUGAGCUCGAGAUGCAAUUGAGACACGAAGGUAUGGAGCGUCUGCAAAGAAGUAUGACAACCUACGUCAAGUCCUUGUCCAAGACCAAGGAGGCAGAAGACAAGGAGAAGACGCUGCCCAUCGCCUACCUCGGAUCCACCAUGGCCAAAUACCAGACUGCUCGCAAGAGACUCGAAACCCGCCGCCUCGCCUACGAUACCUCGAUGAACAAGCUGCAAAAGGCAAAGAAGGACGAUUUCGCCUUGGAGGAGUCUGCGCGCGCGCAAAAGGCAAAAUACGACGAGUCGAGCGACGACGUACAACGCAGGAUGCUGGAUAUCAAGGAAGCCGAAGUUGACAGCAUCAACGACUUGUCCACCUUCCUGGAUGCCGAGUUGGCAUACUACGACAGAGCACGAGAGAUUCUUAUGCAGUGCAAGAGAGACUGGNNCCCUGCCUCUGGUAACGCUGGUGCCGGUCUGGCUGUUCCAGGAGGACGUAGAGUGCCUAGAUCUCGCUCUAACACUGGAAACUCGGCCUCUUUCCGUCAAAUUGAUGAGGAUGAGCCAGUCCACGAUUUCCGCCCUCCGAUCCGCGCAAGAGCACCUUCCGGGACCAACUCGCCUCGCCGUGAACUACCAGGCUUCGAUCUUCCCACCAGACCUUCUGGCCGUUUCGAGGGCCCAUCAAGUCUCAACUCUCGCGAUGCUUCUCCUGUCUCCAUGCCCCGUCUGUCCCGUGUGCCCACCGACUCGUCUUUGUCCCUUAGGCAGGGAUUGAGACCCACCAAGAGAAAUGAUAGUGCGAACUCGGACGUGUUUGGUGAUCAGGACGACUAUGCCUUGGACAACGAUCGCUACGUCGACGAACGCUCUGUUUCUCCUGCCUCUUACAACGCUGCUCCUAGUUUCUCGCGCUCUGCUAGCUGGUCUCAGCAAGACGCUGGAGCAAAGAAAUUGGCUCCUCCGCCGCCACCAUCGAGAGCCAAGAAGCCUCCACCACCACCGCCUAUGAAGCGCAGCGCUUUGAGUUCGUCCGACAUUCCGCGACAGUACUAG